AUGGCGGACGAAGAAAAUGGGGAGUUUUACCUUCGGUACUACGUGGGGCACAAGGGAAAGUUCGGGCACGAGUUCUUGGAGUUCGAGUUUAGGCCAGAUGGGAAGCUCAGGUACGCCAAUAACUCCAACUACAAGAACGACACCAUGAUCCGCAAAGAGGUCUUCCUCACCCCCGCCGUCCUCAAAGAGUGCCGCCGCAUCGUCGCCGACAGCGAGAUAAUGAAGGAAGAUGAUAACAACUGGCCCGAGCCUGACCGCGUGGGCCGGCAAGAGCUUGAAAUUGUGAUGGGGAACGAGCACAUAUCAUUUACUACUUCUAAGAUCGGGUCACUCAUGGACGUCCAAUCCAGCAAAGAUCCUGAAGGCCUUCGUAUCUUUUAUUAUCUUGUUCAGGUAACCACUCAGCAAGUCUUCAAACAAGAACUAGGUCCCUCGGUUGACCAAACGCUGGUUAGACGUGAGGUCGAACAUGUCCCGCUUCUCCCUAUGGCCUUAACCUUAGUGUCCAUAUAUUUUCGUGGGAAAAAGGCGCUCCCUGAGCGCUCACAGUCUUCUUACUGUAUGGAUACCAGGAGGACUCGAGGGGCCUGUCAGCGCCAGAGCCAUAUUUGA